AUGGCAGGGAAGAACACGGAGAGUCUGUCCCAGAAGCAGGUGAAGAAACUCUUUGCGAGGGCGAUGGCUCGCGUCGCCAGUGAGUUCAGCCCGGCGGAGCACCUCCCCCCUAAGGUGCGCGAGUUCUUGGAGCCCAUCGUUAACACAACGUGCCAAGGGUAUUGCACGAGCGCCUUGAUGGUUGGAGGCUACAUGGCGGCUCUUUCAAAUGGCGCCGCCGAGAUCUUCGACACGUGCGACGACGUCAUUGGCGAUCACGUCGACUCGCUCCUCGACGACGGCCCCCCCGUGACCGUGAAGAGUAUCUGUCUCCAGAGCUUCACUUUCACGGAAUUCUUUUACCGGUGCUCCAGCGGCUUUCCCCUCGUUGAUUUUUCGGAGGGCGACGGGCGGGUUGCCGAGUUCAGGCAAUCAGAUGUGUGGGGCGGCAGGGCGUUCAAUCUAGACGAGGCGUACGACGCGACCUUUGGCGAGUCUCGCGGCAAGCGCGUCUCGGUGUCUCUGCUCGGCAACGGACAUCCUGGGAAAUUCAUAGCCAUGGACAGGGGGAUCGUGGGUAACCACACGGCGUGCACUAAGGAGCGCUUCGUCGCCUGCAUUGACCAGGCCGCUGCGCGCCACGCUGCGCUGCCCGCGGGGAGUCGCCUCCCGCGCGGCGUCUCCGCGUGGGCGUGGCUGCCGCUCGCCCCCCAGCAGGCGCAGACGUUCAACUGGGAGACAUACCUUGACGCCCCUGAGGCCGCGGCCCAGUAUUUGGAGAGGGACGCCGAGACGGGCGAGGCGUCGGCAGCAAAUUCCCAGGCUCGCAGUUUCGUGGGCCCGGCUGGCGGAUACAAGGUGGAGUUCCCAGAUGGCGAGGAGUCCCGGUUGCGAUACCUGCGGGUUACCCCGUCCGACGUAGGCGACGCGCAGUUGCGGGCCGAGUUCCGAAUUUCUAACAGGGGGGACCUGCCGGACCCCACGGGCCAUAUCCAAGCGGGGGCCAGGAGGGUUGCAGAGCUUUUCGCCAAGAAGCCGCAGGCGAUCUUGCCGUUCGAGGAGGAGGCGCGCAAUAUCAUGACGGGCAACCAAGUGGCACAGAGCAUCCGCGCGCAGUUGCGAGGAGACCAGAGAGCCAAAAACGUUCAACCCCAGCUGCGAGUGCAACCUGGGGCCAACGCCGCGGGCCAGCAGGGCGUUCAGGCUGCUCUCGUUGCCGUGCUGGAUUACUCUGGAGGCGGGGGCACCUUGGACGCGGCCUCGGGGUUGCCGCUCAUCACCACCCAGCACGUCCAGUGCGCCAGGCGCAUGCUCGACAUCAGCAUUGCCAUCCGGACCAUAUGGCGAGCUGCUCUGGACGAAGACGGCGACGCUGCCGACGGCGAGAGCGACGGCGACAACGAGCCAGGGCGUUUGGCGCGCCCUGUUCGGGGUCACUAUCACCCUCAUGCGUACGCCGCGCCGCUCUCCACGCAGGUGCCAGCUUGCCCGGCGGCGCCCCAGGGCCCGGUUCCCGCUGGCGGCCUGGUGGCUGACGUUGCGCGCCCUGCCGCGCGGGCUGGCGGCGGCAAUGUCGACGUCUCGCAGCCCGCCAGUCCGGGCGCCGCGGAGAGCGAUCUGGCCGGUGCCCCCCCGACAGGAGGCGAGGCGCCGGGCUCGGGCGAGCGCGCGCUGACGUUCGCGGACUUGGCGGGCGAGGCGCAAUUCGACAAUCAGGGCCUUGGCGAAGGGGGGGCCAUGGUUUUCACGAAGGCAGCUUUCAAGGACAGAGAGCUCAUCCGUCGUGUGCUCCUGACCGGGAAAAGCCAGAUUUCCGUGGACGCCUGCGUCGACCUCUACAGCGUGGCCGUGUUGGACCAAGAGGCCCCCGCAAAGCGGAAGAGGCGAGCGCGCCCGUCCAAGCCCGAAGCGGUGGCGGUGCUUAAGGCGGCCUUCGAGCAGUUCCCGCGCCUGGGGGAGUGCCAGGAGCAGAACGGCGAGGUGUUUCUCAAGGGCUGGCCCGACUCAGAACUUGGGAGGGCGCUCUUCCACAACGAGCUCAUGCGCUGCUGCCGCGUGUCACUGAGGCAGCUGUCACAGAAGCGCGCCCAGUUCCACGAGGGGCGCCCGCAGCUCGCUGACGCGACGCCGAGCCGCGCGGCCGGCCCCCCCGCGCAGCCCCCGCCUUCGCGCGGCGCCCGGGCGAGUGACGCCGGCGCUGCCCCUGACGCCCAGUGCUUCUGGCGCCGCGGAGCCG